UUGCUCACUCACCUCCUUGACUACAAGAUGAAACUCCUUGUGCUGGCUGCUCUGCUCACAGGGGGCGCCGUCGAGAGCGGCGCCCGCCCGCGGGCCGUGUGGCAGUUCCGCAGCAUGAUCAAGUGCACGAUCCCGGAGAGCGACCCCUUGAAGGACUACAACAACUACGGCUGCUACUGCGGCCUGGGUGGCUCAGGCACCCCCGUGGAUGAACUGGACAAGUGCUGCCAGAUACAUGACAACUGCUACAGCCAGGCCAAGCAGCUGAACAGCUGUAAAUUCCUCCUGGACAACCCCUACACCAAGAUCUACUCAUACUCGUGCUCUGGCUCUGAGAUCACCUGCAGCAGCAAAAACAAAGAAUGCCAGGCCUUCAUCUGCAACUGCGACCGCAACGCUGCCAUCUGCUUUUCAAAGGCCCCAUACAACAAAGAACACAAGAACCUGGACACCAAGAAGUAUUGUUAGAACUGAGCAUCACCUCUGGAAAGUGCCAUCCACACCCACCUCAUUGGCUCCACCCUGCACGGUACCCUCCAAUAAAGCACUUUGUUGAAAGAC